CUUAACAGACGUAGGCGCUGUUUUGUUAUGUACAGCAAUUCAAAUCGAUUGUUUAUCUAACGUUUGUUUACAAUUUUACUAGCUAGCCAUCAUAUGGCUUCCACUUUACUAUCACCGAUGGUAGAUUAUUACAAUGAUGAAGAAGAACUUGAUAGUGUGGACGAGGACGAUGAUCGAAGCUUCAGAGGAAUAGACUCGGAAGAAGUGACCUGCUCAAAUGGUUCCUGGACUCUGCACACCUCCUCCACCACCUCCCAUUCCUCUUGGGUCAGAGCAUCGACAGACACUGAAGACGCCAGUGAAACUGACCUAGCGAAACACAACGAGGAUGACUAUGUGGAAAUUAAAGAACAGAUGUACAAAGACAAGUUGGUAUCAUUGAAAAGGCAGUUGACGCAACUCCAAGAAGGAACACUUCAGGAGUACCAGAAGAGAAUGAAGAAGCUGGACCAGCAAUAUAAAGAGAGACUUCGCAAUGCUGAUCUCUUCCUCCAACUCGAGACAGAACAGGUGGAAAGGAACCACAUCAAAGAGAAAAAAGCGGCGGUGAAGGAGUUUGAUGAUAAGAAGGUUGAGCUGAAGGAAAAUUUAAUUUCUGAGCUGGAGGAGAAGAAGAAGAUGAUAGAGAAUGAGAAAUUAACAAUGGAGUUGACCGGCGAUUCUAUGGAGGUGAAAACCAUCAUGACCCGGAAGUUGAGGAGGAGACCCAACGAUCCAGUCCCCAUUCCAGACAAAAGAAGGAAACCUGCACCUGCUCAGUUAAACUAUUUGCUAACAGACGAACAGAUAAUGGAAGAUCUGCGAACACUGAACAAGCAGCUGAAGUCCCCCAAGCAUCCAGUGUCUCCGUCUUCUCCAGACCAUAUGCCCACCACUCCAGUAGAGGCCCCUUCACAGCGCUAUGAAGCCCGCAUCGAAGAAGGAAAGCUCUACUAUGACAAGAGAUGGUACCAUAAGGGCCAAGCCAUCUACCUGGAGUCAAAGGAGAAUACCAAGAUCAGCUGUGUCAUCAGCUCUGUGGGAACAAACGAGAUCUGGGUGAGGAAGACCACUGACAGCACAAAGAUGAGGAUCUACCUGGGACAACUGCAGAGAGGAGCGUUUGUCAUCCGACGGCGGUCGGCGGCAUAGAACACAUGCCCCUUCCUUCUGUUUCUCCAUCCAUCUCUAUAGCAUCUCCCUCAUUCUCUCUUUUUUUUCCUUGCUCUGCCGUUCAGCCGGAAUCAUGCCAUAUUUUCUAAGAGCGACAUCUGAACUGCACCAUCAAUACGUGGAGGAGGGGGAAAUGGACACAACAUUUUCAUAUUGUCUCUUCAUCUGGUAAAUUGUCUGUUUAUAGUUUUUUUGCUCCUGUUAUAUUGACCUUUUUAUUGCUUAUAAAAAAAUAUAUAAUGUAUUGACUUGACUUAAGGUUUUAAUUUGUAUCUGUGAUAUUGACAUUAGAUGAGUCUAAUUCACUCGUGGAAUAGCUAUUGGACUUGGCUGGGAAGAUGAAACCUAACAAUUUCUAAUUGUACGUUUUGUGCGUUCCAUUUAUUAAAGAUGUUAUUGCCUUUGA